CAAAACAGAGUUUAGCUCCUGAGAAAUGCAUUUGGAAGAAAAGAUUUGGAAUGUUGUUUCCAGUUUUCCAACCAUUCCAUAACAGAAAAGAUGUGAAUCUGGGUACUUACCAAGUUUGGAACUCUCAAGUCUUGUCCUUGCUAACUUUUCAGGUCCUGAUUAUUCAGUGAACUAAAGGGCUAUUUGGAACGAAUCCUCCUUUCUGUCCCAUUUCAUGCCUCCCGCAGGUCGUGUCUUGUCGCGUGGUGGGCGAGGCCAUUCAGUUCCUGGUCCGCGCGGGGCCCACAUCCCCCGAAGACACGGGGCACCAGAUGUACGGCGCACGGCUCUCCCCGUUUCACCUACAGCUGGAGCUCCACAUGACAGAGAAGAGAGAGGACAUCCAGAUCAAGUGGUCCUUCGCCAGCGCUCCGGAGACGGCCAUUACGGUCCAGCCCAAAGCAGUGGUGGAGGACCGGGUGGCGGAGACCGAUGCCGUGUCUGAAACCCUCAAGGAUAUCUUGAAGCGCCUGGUUAGUGCUGCCUCCCCGUCAGUCGUUCUGAGCACCAAGCCUGUGGACGUGAGGGACGUUCAGAAUCUACAACGCACUUCAUCUACUCCUCAGGAAUCCUGCCCUCCCAAACCUCCAAGGGCUCACGAACUCAGAUUAUUGGUGAAGAACAUCCGAGCCUCGCUGCUAAGUGAUCCUGGGGCUUCAGGCAACAUUAACCCACAGUGUAUGGUUCGGCUGAACGAUCCCAUUCAGAAGUUCAGCGCCCUCGCGACAAACACCACCGACCUCAGCUGGGAAGAAGAAUUCACCUUUGAGCUGAAUGCCAAGUCGAAGGAGUUGCACCUGCAGAUUUCAGGGGAUGAGCAAUCCUCGGAAGCUCUGUUGGCAAUGACAACCAUUCCUUUGGACUUAUUCAAGAAGCAGCCUUCUGGGCCCCAGAGCUUCACGUUGACCGGCGGGUCCUCCUUCGGCAGCUCUGUGCUGGGUUCGGUCACUGCAGAGUUUUCUUACUUAGAACCCGGUGAAGUGAAAUCCUGGCAGACCCCGCCACCUGCUCCUGCUGCAAAGGUAGAAAAAGACCGCACGGUGAUGCCAUGUGGGACCGUGGUCACUACUGUCACUGCUGUGAAAACCAAGCCUCGCUUCGACACGGGGAGGGCGUCCCCGCUGAGCUGUGAGUCUCCCCUGAAGACGCCUGUCAAGGUGAAGGUGAUCGAGAAGGACAUCUCUGUCCAAGCCAUCUCCUGCCACGGGGCUCCUGUCAGUAAGACCUUCUCUUCUUCGGACACAGAGCUGCUGGUGCUGAACGGCUCGGAUCCCGUGGCAGAAGUCGCCAUCCGCCAGCUCAGCGAGUCCUCAAAGCUGAAGGUCAAGUCACCGCGGAAGAAGAGCACCAUCAUCAUAUCAGGGAUCUCCAAGACCUCACUAUCUCAGGACAAUGCCGCUGCCCUAAUGCUGGACUACUCGGCCUCCGUGGACGGUGCCCACCAGGAGGACACCCCGUCCCUCGUGGGGGCGGCCGCCACUCCUGCCCCCCGCGAGGACGAGGCCUCAGCCCCUGCCCCGCCGGCCCCGGAGCCCCAGGAGAGCGAGCUAGACUCGUGGGACUUGGACAAGGAGUCACAGGCCUCGGCAUGGGGCAGCCAGGCCCCGCUGGACCCCAAUGGGGACGAGCUGUCGGAGAGCUCCCUGAGUGUCUCGGAGCCGGGCGCUGCCAAGAAGCAUAAAGGAGGGAUUUUAAGGAAAGGUGCAAAGCUGUUCUUCCGCCGGCGACAUCAACAGAAAGACCCCGGCAUGAGCCAGUCGCACAACGACCUUGUGUUCCUGCAGCAGCCAGAGGGGGCCCGGAGGAAGGGGGUGACGCUCACCAGGAUCCUGAACAAGAAGUUGCUCUCCAGACACAGAAGUAAGAGCACCAUGAACGGGGCUCUGGGGGACCCCGUGGCCGGCAGCCUGCCUCACCAGGACGCGGGAAGACGCGGGCCCACCUAACCGCCCACCAGGACGGAGUGAGAGUGCCUGCAAGCUGUCAGACGGCCGCCUGGGCUAGCUGGGUUAAAGGGCCAUGAAAACCCGAGUCUCCGGCCAGGAGGUUUCCCCCCAGAGACAACUGUCCGAUUUGCCACCCGAUGCCAAAGGAGACCCGAACGCUCUGCCACAUGGGCUGUGCUCCGAUCCAAGAGCUGAAGUUAAAUGUGAGAUUUACGUUAUGAACUAAAGAACAUCCUAUAAUGGAUGGUGGUGGGGCAGAUGUGGGGGACUCAAUUUCACCCGCACUGCACUCGGACACAUAGUACCUUGGGUCCACUCCUGGACCGCGUCGCAAAGAGGAGGUGUCCCCCUGUGCUGUCACUGUGAAUGGAACGGAUGGGUCACGUGUCCUCACGGUCUGCUCAGCGUCACGGUACAGCUUGCCCUGAGUACAGAGAGGUGGGACAGAGGCAGGAUUUGGAGUCCAUAGAGAAAUUACGGUGGUAACAGAGACACUAUGACAAAGGUAGAAGGUAGUUGCCUUUGAUAUUAGCCAUAUAACUUGAAACCAUAUGCCAAACACUAAAUCUCUCCUGCACACAUUAUGCUGAGCUUUCCUGGAUGUUUACUUUGAGCCUGUUUGCAAGUGGGAGAUCUAUCAAUUCCUAUGUGGUUUUUACGUUUUCCUUUAUAGUGUCAAAAGUGCUCAUGAUCGUGGGGGGGGCGGCGGCUCUCAAGUGAGGCUAGGAGCAGUAAGUACCCAUCACCAUGGCGACACCACACACACGGUUUUCCUUUCGCCCCUGGCUGGUUUGCCAAACGCUGCCGAUGGCUGAAACAAAGAACUUCUAGGACGGAAGAGAAAACUAUUGUGUGUCUCGGGUAGGAGUCUUAGGGGUGGAAGUUUAAUAACAAAUGGGCCAAACGUCGCAUCAGUCCUCUCGGGAGCUCUCCAGAAUUCUGCCGUGAAUAGCGCUUGACACGUUUAGGGGUGUCCUUGUUUUGGUUUCCCGUGGGGGGGAAAAAAAAAACAGAUAAAUGUGGCCCACCAUGUGCGUAUCCCUGGGUACCCUUCGCGCCACAGUCCUCGUCUGUCCGCCUGUCCGUGUGUCUGCACCACUGGCCCGUCCACCCGAAGGUGCCACUGCCAGGGACGAGCUGGUUAGGGCUGUGGCUGUCCCUGUGAACUGUCUGGAUGGUUUAGCAAGACUCGCUUUCUUCUGAUGAGAUUUAAAAGGCUAUCAUGAAGCCUGGCCUCUAUCAUGGAUAGGAAAUUGGGGGCACUCCUUCUCACGAGCGCUUUUGUUGACCCCAAAACACGUCUUUCAGGGGGUAACGGAGCCACUGCCGAACAAAAACCUUCCCGAAAACCCAGAUUACGGAACUUUUUUCCCUUUUUAUUGAGGGAGAGAUUCUAAAACUACAUGAAGAAUUUUACUUUGAAAUACACACUCAGAAGUGCCCCGGGGUCCCAGGAAUUACCAGGUGACUGUAAGAUGCGUUUUUACAGGGGACUUUUGAUUUUCGUCACCUCGUGAAACAGCACCAGGCAUUCCAACGUGUCGUCAUACCAAGUUAGUCUCCGCAGGUUGGUAAUCACUGCUAGUCUUUUUGGAACCCAUCUGGUCACUUUGUCUUAGUGGAAGGAUUAUUGCCCACCCCCCCCCUCAACGCCCUGUGGUAGGCAGCACCUUGGGACAUUCAAGAAUUAAUUCUCAGAGGACAUUGUGUGUCAGAAUUUCAGGCACAGGUCAGAAGUCCUUAGCACAGUUUUUUGUUUGCUUCUGAAGUUCAGAUCAACUCAAUUUAUUCAAUGUGAUGGUAUCAGAGUUUUAUGUUGGCACUUUCUUGCUCUCAACAAAAAAUGUCUUAGCCAUUCCCAUUCCUGAUUGACCCCGUGAGCAUUUUGUUCACUGUUUAAUAUUUUUGCCAAGGGCUUGCUUUCUCAACUUCCUGGUGACUUGAAGCCUCUUCCAGGUCCCGGGCAAGCGACAGGUGGGCUUUCUGUCCCACGUGGGACGCAGGACCGUCAUGCGAGAGGUGGAGAGCAUUAAGGAGAUCCGUGUUUCCGUGUGUCUGUCGGGCACACAUCAAGAGCCCCAUACCUCUGAGUCAGAUCCAGGAGCACCCCCCUCAAGCUGCACACAUGUUUUCUUCCUCUGAGGGCCUUUUCUGAACUUACAGGACACCCGAGAGAGCACGGAAGGGUGCAUGAACAUAGCACCGUGAGAAAAUGGGCCGUGUUGAUACUGUGAAUGCUUCUUUAAUGGUGUAGGUAUUUAUGCGAAAGUAAAUGUUAUGAAGGGUACAUGUCAAUUAAGAUUAUACACCAAAUGCUAAACAUACCAAUCUGUAAAUCACCUUAUUCCCUUGCCUUUCCUUAUGCUUUAGGGGCACAAGAGUUUUUGUUUCUGUUUUGCGUUCGUGCUAUUUUUGCAAAGUGGUGUUUCGGAGUGAUUUCUCACGAACGCUAAUAGGAAUGUGUGUCUGCAUGUCUGGAACCAGGUGCGCACAUUGGUUGUCGUGAGCUGGGGCACUGCCCUGCAUUCACGGAUGCACCCGUGUUUGCAGAGGAAUGCAAGGGAGCUUGAAGUGUGUGUGUGUGUGUGUGUGUGUGUGAUUAAUGUGGCAAUAACAAAAGCACCGAUCUCAUCGUCCCGUUGGAAACCCGCUGUGAAGAAGAUGGUUUAGACAGUCCUUUCUUUAAAUCAACUCUCAAGUUUAAGUUUAAAGCCAGCCCUUGAUUCCUCCUGAGAGCUCGGUGGCCAGUUGCUGCCCACCAGUCACAAAUUAGGUGCCUGUCUCGGUGUCUGAUUGGUUUUACUGGCUGCCUCUACAGAAGAGAGUUGCAAGUUUUCUUCUUGAGCAGAAAGGCACACGUUAAUUUAUAUCGCUGCCAGCAGGUGUGGGGGUUUUCCUGGUAAGAGCCUCACAGUCCUGACACGUCAGAGCACAAGCUGGUGGCCCCUGGAAGUCAGAACGUUGAUGUCCACUGGGUGGAAAACAGGUCUUGUGCUGGUGUAGACCCCGAUGCCAGGCCCUCCCUCCCCUGCCCCACACCUGCUCAGGCCCGAUUACCAAAGCAUGUGGCACGGACACACCAGCGCUGCUACGUUCUGCAGAGCAAACUCAGGUCCCCUCCGGGCCCUUCUCUUCAGCAUUCCUGUUUUACGUGUGAGGAGGCAUCCGGAAUACAUCGACCUGCCCAGUUCACCCAGCUUCCAACGGCUCAGUCACGUACCAUUUACAAGUUAGCCUUGUAAGUACUCCCCCCCACCACCCACCCAAUAUCACAUCAAAGCUACAUUUUUUUAAAAAGAAAACGAAAGGUUUUGAAGGUAUGUGGCAAGGUCUGGCUUGAUGUUUAAGUGUGGUGAUGAAUUUGCUGGACGGUGAUUGUAUUCCUUGGUAGCACUUUAAACACAGGUCCCUGUCCUGCACCAAACUGUGGAAGAUGUGGCUGGAACAUGAAUAGUCUUUGAAAGAAAUAAAUGUGCACAUGGGACACGAAA